GCCUUCUCCUUUCCCUUCCAACACCAAGCAUUCAAUCAAAGAUAAUUAGCUCUUUCAAGACCAAUAAGCACUACUUGCUCCAGACUAGUGUCACUUGUUAUUUGCCAAAUUAGACCCAACCAUGGCUUUUUCAGCAACUUCGAGCAAUUGGGUUAAGCCUCAAUUCAAUAUGCCAAGUGGAAAGCCCAACAUUUCUUGCUCCCUCCAAACUCCCUCCAUUCUUCGUCUCCCUAAACAAUCCCCAUCGUAUCCACCCUCAACCACCGCCACUCCCACCGUAAAACCCCCACAAGAUACACAACAAUGGAAUUUUCUACAAAGAGCUGCUGCUUUGGCCUUAGACACAAUGGAGACUGCUUUAGUCACUAAUGAAAGAAAGCAUCCUUUACCUAAAACAACAGACCCAAGAGUCCAAAUUACUGGGAAUUUUGCUCCAGUACCGGAACAAUCCGUCCGGCUAAGACUUCCAGUCACUGGGAAAAUACCCGAAUGCAUCCAAGGUGUCUAUGUACGAAAUGGAGGCAACCCACUCCACGAACCGGUCUCCGGCCACCACUUAUUUGAUGGGGACGGGAUGGUUCAUGCGGUUCGGUUCGAUAAUGGUUCGGCUAGCUACGCCUGCCGGUUCACUGAGACUAACCGUUUUGUUCAGGAACGUAUUCUGGGUCGCCCUGUUUUCCCCAAGGCAAUCGGCGAGCUGCACGGCCACUCCGGCAUAGCGAGACUCCUCCUCUUCUACGCUCGUGGGCUUUGUGGGCUUCUCGAUCACAGUCAGGGUACUGGCGUCGCGAACGCCGGACUUGUGUACUUCAAUGGUCGUCUUCUUGCUAUGUCUGAAGAUGAUUUGCCUUACCAUGUUCGUAUCACUCCCUCCGGCGACCUAAAAACGGUGGGCAGAUACGAUUUUGACUGUCAGCUCAAUUCCUCAAUGAUUGCUCACCCCAAAGUCGAUCCUGUCUCAGGUGAAUUCUUCGCUCUUAGUUACAACACCAUCCAAAAACCAUACCUGAAAUACUUUCGGUUUUCCCCCGAUGGGAAGAAGUCCCGUGACGUUGAAAUUACGGUUGAUCAACCCACAAUGGUGCACGAUUUCGCAAUCACAGAGAAAUUUGUGGUGAUCCCCGACCAGCAGAUGGUGUUCAAGCUACCAGAAAUGGUCCGGGGCGGCUCUCCGGUUAUUCAUGACAAGAACAAGAUGACAAGGUUUGGUAUUUUGGACAAGAAUGCCAGUGAUGCUUCCUGUAUCCGGUGGAUAGAGGCACCUGAUUGCUUCAGUUUCCAUUUCUGGAAUGCUUGGGAAGAGCCGGACACGGAUGAAGUUGUGGUGCUCGGCUCCUGUAUGACCCCGCCGGAUUCCAUUUUCAAUGAAUCCGGUAAAAGCUUCAAAAUUGUGUUAUCUGAAAUCAGACUAAAUCUGAAGACUGGAAAGUCCACUCGCCGUCCCAUCAUUGCGGAGUCCGAACAAGUAAACUUGGAAGCCGGUAUGGUAAACCGGAACCUCCUCGGACGGAAAACCCAGUACGUCUACUUAGCCCUCGCCGAGCCAUGGCCUAAAGUCUCCGGAUUUGUCAAAGUUGAUGUCUCAACAGGAGAGGCAAGGAAGUACAUCUAUGGAGAACAGAGGUUCGGUGGAGAACCCCUGUUUCUUCCUAGAAACCCCAAUUCAGAGAAAGAAGACGAUGGCUACAUUUUAGCUUUUGUUCACGACGAGAAGGCAUGGAAAUCAGAGCUCCAAAUAGUAAACUCCAUGACUUUAGAGCUCGAGGCCACCGUUCAGCUUCCAUCUCGAGUCCCAUAUGGAUUUCAUGGAACAUUCAUAACCUCAAAGGAUUUAGAGAAGCAGGUCUAAUACAUAAAGUGAUCAUUGUUCAUGUUUAUCCAUUGGUGGCAGAUCAGGGGGAAGAUUUUCCAGAGAGAUGCUUGCAUAUAUGAUCCCGGAGCCUCCUCCUCUGUUCAAAUGAAGAACCCUGUUUCCGGCUGCAAUAUUUUCGGAUAUUUUUUACGGGGAAAGGUUUGAGGGACCAGCUUGUAGCUUUUAGAAGCAGCCAGAAUUGAAGUCAGCUGGUUUCUGCUUAUUCCUUCACUUACGUGCAUGAAAAAGUGCAUAAGUACAAGAUAAUAUGUAGGGUAACUCUCUGUUUUCCCCUGUAUUUCUCUGUUUCAAUCUGCCCUUUUUAUGUAAAUAUUGUAAUCUUCAGCAUAUAUAAAGCUAUGUUACAAUC